CGUCAGAAGAUCAUCGGCUCGGACUUAAGAUUGAAUAAGAAAUCAAUUCAGUUGAGUGUUUUCUUCAUUGCUCAGCGAACGUUGCGCUACUUUAAUAAAUUAAGAAUAUGAUAUUACUAAAUUGCCUAUUAAUAUGCCUGUGCAUAUUUUCCUGUGGAGCCCAGGACUCGUCCUUGGAUAAAUUGAUAUCGGACAUAUUUAAAACGGACGAAACACCCAAAGCAUCAUCCACUCCCCCUCCGGCGGUGAGCCCCAAGGAUUCUGGUAGUACGGGAUCCGGAAACGGAGGAUCCGGUUCAGCUCAGUAUCAGUCCUGUGGCGAUCAAAAGGAGUGUGUUCCUCGCUGGUUGUGCGCCAAUAAUACGAUUAACACCAGUGGCGAUGGUAUCAUAGACAUUCGAAUUAAUACGGACUCCGAAUGCAAGAACUACUUGGAUCUGUGCUGUGAUGUGUCCAACAAGAGAAAAGAUUCGAUUAUCGAUUAUAAGCCUGAUCAUCCCGAAGGCUGCGGUUACCAGAAUCCCAAUGGUGUUGGCUUUAAGAUCACUGGAGCUGUCAACCAGGAGGCCGAGUUCGGAGAAUUCCCCUGGAUGCUGGCCAUUCUCCGUGAAGAAGGCAACCUCAACCUGUACGAGUGUGGAGGAGCUUUGAUAGCUCCCAAUGUGGUUCUGACCGCGGCGCAUUGCGUUCACAACAAACAGCCCAGUAGCAUUGUUGUGAGAGCUGGCGAAUGGGAUACGCAAACGCAGACUGAGAUCAGACCGCACGAGGACCGAUAUGUCAAGGAAAUAAUCUACCAUGAGCAGUUCAGCAAGGGAUCACUCUUUAACGAUGUGGCUGUCAUGCUGUUGGAAAGUCCAUUCACCCUCCAGGAGAACAUCCAGACGGUUUGCCUGCCCAAUGUGGGUGAUAAAUUCGAUUUCGAUCGCUGCUAUGCCACCGGCUGGGGCAAGAACAAGUUCGGCAAGGAUGGGGAAUACCAGGUUAUCCUGAAGAAGGUCGACAUGCCCGUGGUGCCCGAGCAGCAGUGCGAGAAAAAUCUGCGCGAAACUCGCCUCGGCAGGCAUUUCAUUCUGCAUGACAGCUUCAUUUGCGCCGGCGGUGAGAAGGACAAGGACACCUGCAAGGGCGAUGGUGGUUCCCCGCUGGUGUGUCCAAUUGCUGGCCAGAAGAACCGCUUCAAGUCCGCCGGCAUCGUUGCCUGGGGCAUCGGAUGCGGCGAGGAGAACAUUCCCGGAGUGUACGCCAGCGUGGCCAAGCUACGUCCGUGGAUCGACGCCAAAUUGAAGAUUUGGAAUAUUGACCCCAGGCACUAUACACCCUAAGAGCAAAAUUGUCACUUGAAUUUGUGGGUUUAAAUCUUCAUACUUCAGAUUGCUCUCACUUAAUAUAUGCCCAAUAUGUUAAUACUCAAAA